GUACAAUUCUUCUUUCGAUCGAUCUCCUUUCCAACGCCAUACAAAACACCUCUCCAUGUUUUAGUCACGCCCAAUACCAUCUUCACGCUCUCCUCCUGCCGUCUCUCUCAGAUCCAGCCCUCUCUCUUUCUAGUUUAUACAGUUCUUGGUUGCAGUGACAACCUAACCAGUUUCCCAUUAUGCCAAAGGACAGAAGAAUCCCUUCCUCAUCUACUGCUGGAUCCAGGGCAUCCCCAUACCCUUGCAGCUCUAAUAACAGUAAGCAGUACAAAUCCAAAAAUCUUGUCCACCCAGUUGGGAAUGAGAGGGAAUGGGAAGAAGUUAGAUGUCCUAUAUGCAUGGAGCACCCUCAUAAUGCUGUCCUCUUACUAUGUUCUUCCCAUGCUAGGGGAUGCCGCCCUUACAUGUGCGACACGAGCUACCGCCACUCCAACUGUCUUGACCAGUUUCGCAAGUCGUCAUCUUCCACAGCAUCACCAGAUCUUUCCUGUCCCCUGUGCCGGGGGCAAAUCAGUGAUUGGAAGGUCGUGGACCCCGCUCGGAGGUUCAUGAAUUCCAAACCAAGAAGUUGUGCUCUUGAGACAUGCGAUUAUAGAGGGACUUAUUCGGAACUAAGGAAGCAUGCAAGGCGUGAUCAUCCCUUUGUACGACCGACAGAGGUGGAUUCGGGACGCCAGAGUGAUUGGAUGAGGAUGGACAGAGAAGGAGACUGGGAAGAUUUCCUGAGCGCAUCUCAUUCGUUGGAGUCAGAGGUCGAUGUGGGGAUGAGGUUGGACAGUGUAAGAGACUUGGAAGAUUUCCUUAGUGCAUCUCCGUUGUUGGAGCCUAGAGUGGAUUCGAGUGAUCACUUGGGUUUGGAAUUUCUCUUUGAUGAUCUCUCACUCGAUGCAGACUUUGAAGAUUUCCUGAGUGCAUCUCAUGAUCUCUUUAGUUUAUCCGAAAUGGAGUGGGAAGAAUUCUUUGGUGCAUUCCUGGGUAUAGGCUGAGUGCUUGUAUGAAAUCACCUUUUUUACCCAAUUUUGGUCGAGUUUGGUUCAGUGACAUUGGAUUGGUAUGUCUGCUAUAUGUAUUUCAGUUGAAACACUUUAUUUCCACAUAACUUCCAAUUAUGUGCAAAUAAAGAAAAAAGAAAACCAUUUGAUUCCCGCCAUAUGGUAUAUGUAAAAUACAGUUACCUUAUCUUUUCCUUCUACAUUUCCAAGAACCAAACACAGCCUAA